GUCUCUCUUCGCAAACAUGCAACAAAGGCUCUCGGAUUGUGAAUGAAUGCCGAAAUAUGACUGGGAAAGUGCGUGACAUGCGUACAGACAGUUGUAUAGAUGCUAGGCGUAUUCGCUUUAGAAAGUAUAGUAUCGAAUAACAUUCGGUCCAUUUUAUUUCCACAUUAUACAAAGUUUGUUGAAUUUUCUGGAAAAUAGGAAGCGGCCGGCAAUUUUCCCGGCAAAUCACGACGUGGUGGUGGUGAUGGACGACGAGACCUGUCUCACCCUGGAUGGCAACGACUGGCUUUUACAUCCCUCACAAAGGGGUGGAUUUUAUUCCAAACACCAAGUUCCCCAAGAAGGUGCUGCUGUCCCGCAUAAUCAAAAACCAUUGCUGAAGCGAAAAAUCAUGCUGGACAGUAAACUCGACAACAUCCAUUUAGAAACGAUAACUGAGAAGCACUAUAAUGAUGUAAUUGAUCACUUGCGCCAAAAUUUCUUUGCUGAUGAGCCCUUGAAUAAAGCUGUGAAUUUGACCCGUCCAGGCCAGGGCCAUUUACUUCUUGAGCAGCAUAGUUUAUCUACACUGAAAGAUAACACUAGUGUCAUGGCGAUCUCUCAACAUGGAGAAAUUGCAGGAGUUGCAUUAAAUGGUAUUCUUCGCGGAUAUGAUGAUAUAAAACAUUCUAUGGAGAAGUUAAAUGACACAGAGGAUACUAAAUUUAAAAAGAUAUUCAAGCUCCUCUAUGAACAGAAUCUUCGAGUUAACCUCUUCAGCCAAUUUGAGGUUGAUAGAAUAUUUGAAAUAAGGAUACUAUCUGUGGAUUCAAAAUUCCGAGGUCAAGGAUUAGCUAAGCGAUUAAUAAUGAAGAGUGAAGCAUUGGCUAUAGAAAAAAAUUUUCAGCUAAUGAAAACAGAUGCUACUGGAUCCAUAUCACAACGAGUUAUGGGAGCACUAGGAUUCAAAACAAUUUUCGAAAUUGAAUAUGUAGACUACCUAGAUGAAAACGGGGAUCAAAUAUUUCUAGUUGACCCACCGCACAGGAAAUUGAAAAUUAUGUACAAAAUUAUCAAAUAAUCAAAUAAUCAUACAUAUUUAUAGAACAAACUUACAAAUGAACGACGACGAUAGAUGUGCAAAAAAGUGUAUGACGAAUUUUUUCGAUGGAAAUUUUCCGAAUUUGAUUUAGUAGCAAUUCAUGUCAUUGUAUGGAACACACUAAGCCAACAAUAUCAAAAUAUUUUUUUUCAACUAUAAUUCUACGCGAAUAGAUUUUAAAAUGAUUACUUGAUGGAGUAGUUUACAUGCAGUUUACAUGUUAAUGCACAGUGGUCGGAAAAGGCAAUUUGACGAACUUAAUUCUCGACUACUUUGUGAUAAGGUCUUAUGUAAAAACGUAAACAAAACGAGUGAGAGAUGAUUUGUGCUUGUGAAGUACAAGGAAUACAACUCUCACUCGUUUUGUUUACGUUUAGAUAUACGACCUUAUCACAAAGUAGUCGAGAAUUCUUUUGUGCUUAAACGGCCAAAGACAAUGUUCAUGAGAAUGGUUCACAAAAAUAUAACGGAAAUGUUGAUAAGAAAUUUUUUUGAUCAAGGCCUACUAUCAUAAAAAUAAAAAAUUUAACUUUUGAUACAGCAAAGAUACAUGAAUAGUUUCUGAAGCAAAGUUGUAGAACUUUUCAAAAUAUGAAACUUUGCAGAAAAUAUUAAAUUUUUAUGACGUCUAUUUACUGAAAUACAAAGCAUUUUCGCUGUCAACCACCUCAAAUUUAGUUUUUCUAGCAUAACUUUUUAAAUAUUGUUUUUUUCAAGAACACAAUGUUCUAGACAAAUAUGACCAACAUAAAAACACAGGUUUCUUUUGAAGACAGCAUGUUACUACAAUCGUUCUAUACUGAGUUAGCGCAUUUUUUCAUUAAAUUAUUUCUUAGAUUUAAAUGCGUAUAGGGGAGAAAGAGGCAAACCGGUGUACAUCAUCAAAUACUUUGUUUUAAAACUUAGUCCUUGUACUAUAAGCUAGUCAAACUUUGAUACUUGACAAUUCAUAAAUGAAUGAGUAGAGUGAUGUUUUAGGUAGGGUAGGGAACAUAUUCUAAGCAGCUUUAGGAACCGCCUGUGUAUUCCGACGAAAUACUCGAAAUGUGUUGGGUGAAACUCAAACAGUAGUAUAUCAAUGUGUUCUCUAUCAUUUCCUCUGUCAGAACUUGUUUUCAGGUUGUAAAACUAAGUUAGCAGACUUUAACAAUCAUCAAUCAAAGUUAUCAAUCAAGGGACACUAUUCCAAUCACCCCGAACCUAUUUUAAGCAGUUUCCAUCUGUUUUGCAGGCGUUUUUGCCUUUCUCCUAGAAAGGUAUAGCAAUCACUUGCAAAACCGAAAGUAUAAAAGUGCUCCAAAGGGCCGAAUGGCAUAUAUCACUCGACUCAGCUCGACGAGCUGAGCAUUUUCUGUAUGUGUGUGUGUAUGUGUGUGUGUCUGUGUAUGUGCAGAUUUUUAUUCUCACUCACUUUUCUCAGAGAUGGCUGGUCCGAUUUUCAUGAAAUUAAUUGCAAAUGAAAGGUCUUGUUUCCCCUCAAGAACCUAUUGAAUUUUAUUGUAAUCGGAUUUUUAGUUUAGAGGUUAUGUUUAAAAAUGUGAAAAUAAUGAAACAUCAAUAUCUCAGAAACUACACAACCGAUUUAAACAAAAUUGGUCUCAAAAGAACGGGCUACCUAGAAAACCUUUAAGUUUUGAAUUUCAUAAAGAUUGAACUAGUGAUUCAAAAGUUAUGAAAAGAAACGUGUUCUGAAGACUGUUUAAUCUCACUCAUGUUUCUCAGAGAUCGCUGUACCGAUUUUCAUAAAAUCAGUAUCAAAUGGAAGGUCUAAUUGCCCCAUAAGACUUUAUUGAUUUGUUUUGCAGUCGGACUAUUACUUUGCCUGUUAUGUUUAAAAAUGUGAAAUCCAGCUAUGCAAAGGAACAUAUUCCGAAGACUACUUGAACUCACUCACUUUUCUCAGAGAUGGCCGACCCGAUUCCCACAAAAUUAGUGUCAAAUGAAUGGUCUAGCUGCCUCAGAAGACCCUAUUGAAUUUUACUGUAAUCGAACUGUAACUUCAUUUGUAAUGUGCCGACUUGUGAAAAUCACGAAACUUCAUUAUCUCAGAAACAGGGGCGGAUUAACGCGUAGGCGAAGCAGGCGGUCGCCUGAUUUUUUUGAUGCAGUAGACUUUUUCAGUGUCGUGCAAGAAAUUUUCAACUUCUUUUCUGCAUCAACUCAUCGUUGGAGUGUUCUCAAAAAACACAUUACUUCUCUUAAGGUAAAGCCUCCGAGUGGAAUGCGUUGGGAAAGUCGAAUUGAUGCUGUUACUCCCUACAAAAAUCACGAGGUGAAAACAGUCAGCGAACUGGAAUUUCCCUUGUAAACUAAUUCAUUCAUUUUAACCGCAGUGAGUUUAAUAACUUAAAAUUUUUUGAAAAAGCACAUGCUUUAUAUAACGUGCGUGUAAAAUGGGAAGCUUAUAGGAAGUUUGGCGGAGGUGAAAAGCAUAUCACCCAAUGCCGUAUUUGCCAACGUUAUGGCCAUGGUUCAAAGUUCUGUAACAUGGACCAAAAAUGCCUCAUUUGUGGAGACUCUUCUCACAAAAAGGACACAUGUCCUGUGAAAGAGAGUAAAAAUUUUCGCUGUGCGAAUUGUAACGGCAACCAUAUGUCGAAUUUUUAUCAAUGCCCAGUCCGUUUAGCAAUUGUUAAGGCAAGGCAAGGUAAGCAAAAUUCAAUUUCCCAAUUAAAAAAGCUUCAAAACAAAAUUCUCCAAGCGUACCAGUGACGCAUAGUUUACCUACUCCUUUGCAUACCCGUUUAACAUAUGCACAGGUUACAGGUAGUUCGGACAUUCUACCGCCUAAUGUUGGUAGUUCGGUAAUGACCGUUAAUAUGGGUAAGCAAAAUACGCUAGAAAAUAAUUGUACACCUAUUACCCCAGCUAAUAUUACUACCGAAAAUGUUUUUUCUAAUGUCAACUGCCUGGGGCCUAUUACGGCAGGUAAACUUUCUUUUCUGCAACAUGAACGCCAUGUUGCAGGCAAAAUCAAUGUUUGAAGCCAUUCAAAUAGGUACCAAUUUUACAAUUAAAAUUGUUUCUUAUUUAAAAUUUAGCAAUGAUUUUAAAUAAACCGAUCAAAAUUUUAAAUUGGAAUGCUUGCUCAUUGAAGGCCAAUGAGAAUGAGCUUUUUAAUUUUUUAACAGUAAAUAAUGUGCAUAUUGCAAUUAUUACUAAAACAUAUUUGAAACCUAACAUGAAAUUAAAAUAUGAUCCCAAAUACGUGGUUCAUAGAAAUGAUAGGAUUCAGGGUUCCGGCGAGACGAAAGUUAUUGAAACUUUGGGAGUUGAAGUUCAAACUGAACUUGGGAUUUUAUUUAUUGCCGCAGCAUAUUUACCAUUUCAAUGCACACGCGAGCACAAAAAUUAUUUUAAAGGUGAUUUACAAAAACUCACCAGAAAUCGUUCGAAAUUUUUUAUAAUCGGCGAUUUUAACGCUAAACAUCGAUCAUGGAAUAAUUCUCGAAGUAAUUCCAAUGGCAAAAUUUUAUUCAAUGAUUGUUCUUCAGGAUACUAUUCUAUUUUGUCUCCGAAUAGUCCUACAUGCUUUUCUUCUCUAAGAAACCCUUCUGUUUUUAAUUAUAACAAGGCUAAUUGGGAAAGAUACAAAACUCAUAUUGAGAGAAAUUUCAAUAAUAAGCUUGAUUUGCAAAACGAAGUGAAUAUUGAUUCCGCUUUGGAAGCAUUAAAAUGUGCAAUUGUUGAUGCCAGGAAUUAUUCUGUUCCAAAGGCUCAAUUGAAAUUUGAUUCACCAAUAAUUGACGAAAAUCUUCAACUUCUAAUUCGUUUGAAAAAUGUCCGCAGACGUCAAUAUCAACGUUCUCGUGACCCUGUUUUUAAAACAAUUUUUAAAGAUUUACAGAAAGAGAUUAAACAUAGAUUUACUCUUCUGAGAAAUCAAAAUUUUGAGACUAAAGUUGAAAAAUUGAAACCAUAUUCAAAACCCUUUCGGAAGCUGUCGAAGAUGCUUAAGAAACCUUCAAAGCCUAUUCCAGUUUUAAAAGAUGGUGAACGUUUUAUUGUAUCCAAUGAACAAAAGGCUCAAAGACUUGCUCAGCAGUUUGAGAGUGUUCAUAACUCAAACUUGAAUUUUGUGAGUCCAAUUGAAAAUAAAUUCACACGUCUAUUUGAUUUAAUUUCUUCCCAGAAUAUUUUACCUGAAGAAAUAAUUGAAACUAACUUGAAUGAGAUUAAAUCAAUUAUUAAAAAUUUCAAAAGUAUGAAAGCACCUGGUGACGAUGGAAUCUUUAAUAUACUAAUCAAACAUCUCCCUGAGAGCACAAUGGAAUUUUUAGUGAAAAUUUUCAAUUGCUGCUUCGAAAUUGCAUAUUUUCCCAAAUUAUGGAAAAAUGCAAAAAUUACUCCAAUUUUAAAGCCGGAUAAGAAUCCAGCUGAAGUUUAAAGUUACCGACCAAUCAGUUUGCUUUCUUCAAUAAGUAGACUGUUUGAGAGAAUUAUUCUUAACCGAAUGAUGUCACACAUCAACGAAAAUUCAAUUUUUGCAAAUGAACAGUUUGGAUUUCACCAUGGGCAUUCCACUACUCAUCAAUUGCUCAGAGUUACUGAUAUGAUACGAGCUAACAAAUCUGAAGGUUAUUCCACUGGAGAUGCUCUUUUAGACAUAGAAAAAGCAUUCGACAGUGUUUGGCAUGAAGGUUUGAUUGCGAAAUUGCAAACUUUUAAUUUUCCAAUUUUCCUAAUCAAAAUUUUGAAAAAUUAUCUUACUGAUCGAACUCUGCAGGUUAUCUAUCAGAAUUCAAAAUCUGAUAGAUUUCCUGUCAGAGCAGGUGUGCCUCAAGGUUCUGUCUUGGGCCCAGUCCUGUAUAACAUAUUCACUUCAGAUCUUCCUGAUUUGCCUCCAGGAUGCACAAAGUCAUUGCUCUGCGAUGACACAAGCAUUUCCGUAAAAGGAAAAAGACUUCGUGUUAUAUGCAGUCGAUUGCAGAAAAGUUUAGAUAUUUUUUCUUCCAACUUGCAAAAGUGGAAAAUCUUUUCCAAUGCUUCUAAAACUCGAAUGAUAAAUUUUCCUCAUAAGCCUAGGGCUUCUUUCCUCAAACCAAACAAUAAUCACGUUGUCAAGAUGAAUGAGGUUAUUUUAAGUUGGUUUGACAAGGUUAAGUACUUGAGACUAAUUUAUGAUAAAAAACUUAUUUUCAAAGAGCACAUUGAGAGUAUACAAGCCAAGUGCAUCAAAUAUACGAGAUGUUUUUAUCCUCCCAUUAACAGGAAUUCUAAACUUUGUUUAAAGAACAAACUUUUGAUUUACAAACAAAUUUUUAGACCAGCAAUGCUUUAUGCUGUACCGAUCUGGUCAAGUUGCUGUUCAACAAGGAAGAAAACGCUCCAAAGGAUUCAGAAUAAAAUUCUGAAAAUGAUUUUGAAGCGUCCUCCUUGGUUUGGUACACUCGAAUUACAUAGACUUACUGGUGUUGAACCAUUAGUAGCUAUGUCAAAUAAAAUUAUUAACAAUUUUCGACAAAAAUCGUUGCAAUCCUCAAUUGCUACGAUAAGUUAUCUUUAUAGCCAAUAAGUUAGCAUUUAAGUUAGUUGUAAGUUUACUUUCCUUUCUUGACAAGUAGGUUUAAAUCCCUACGAAUGAUAAGUCCUUAUUACGAAAGCAAACAAAUCCUAACAAUUAAAAUUACAAAUUACUAACAGUUUUGAGAAGUCACCAUUUGUGAUUGGACACACAUACUCAUUAUUCACUAAUAUUUAUAAUAAAUAUUUAAGCUACUAACAAAUCCCCCUACAAAAAAAAAAUAAAAAAAAAAUGCUGUUACUCCCUUGAGGUUUAUUAUAGGAGAAAUUUAUUAUGCCCUAUAUGAAGCAAGCGAGGAUCUAAAGCAAGAUGCGUUUGCAAGAAAUACUGCUAAAAGCCUAGCAAAAAAAAAUAAAAAAAUUCAGAUUCUUAUGCAGUUUAGUAGCUUGGCAUUCAAUUUUGUUCAAAACCAAUUUAGUGAGCAAGUAGGUACCUUCAAAAAAUAAAUAGCAUUCUAGAAAUCGCUAUAGACUUGAUAGGCAUCGUUCAAAACUUUUUGGAAAAUAUGAGAAAUGAAGAAGGUCUGAAUAGUCAUUACUGAUGCUAAUGAACUUGCCGACAUUUCAGAAGUAAAUCUGGAAUUUCAAAUAGAAACACGAAUUCGGCCGAGAAUGAUAAAGAAACAGUUUGCAUCCGAACAGUCAGAUGAACCAAUUACAUCAGAAAUACUCUCUUUCAAAGUGAAUUUCUUCUAUUCUGUAUUGGAUGUAGCUAUUGCAUCGUUCAAGGAUCGAUUCCAGCUAAUGAAAAAUCACAAUGACAAUUUCAGUUUCUUGUAUGAUAUACACAGUUAAAUGGGUUGUAGUACAGAUCAGUUAGAGAAAAGUUGUCUACAUUUACAGAAAAUCCUCACACACAAGAAAGAGUGUUACAUCGAUGGACAUGAAAUGAACCAAGAACUUGUUUUUCUGUCACCUAUGUUGCCAGCCGAAUCCAAUGAAUGUGUUAAACUACAUUACAAAAAAUCAACUGAUUGAAACUUUUACGAAUAUUUUUGUAUCUUUGAGAAUUUUACUUACUUUACCCAUUAGUGUAGCAAGUGGCGAGAGAAGUUUCUCAAAACUAAAACUAAUAAAGACGUAUUUACGAUCGACCAUGUCGCAAGAACGUUUGUGUGGCUUGGCGAUGAUAUCGAUAGAAAGACAGGUGCCUCAAGAAAUUGAUAUGUCGGAAACGUAGGGGGAAGGGGGGCGGCAAAAUCAGUCUUCGCCUGCAGCUCAAAUCAGCCUUCGUCCGCCCCUGCUCAGAAACUACACAACCGUUUUGAUUAUUAUUAUCAGAUGAGCGGGCUAGUUAAGGGUUAACUGAUGAAUUAUGAUUGAACACGUGGUUUCAAAGUUUGGCUGCCCUACACGUUCCCAUUUCAUUUGAUUAUAAUCGAACUUAAGCAACCGUUAUGUAUUGAAUUGUUAAUAAAACAACGAAAGUCUAUUAUCUCAAAGAUUACAUGACUUAUUUGAACAUAACUAGUGUCAUACGAACGAGUCAUCUCUCAAACUUACAAAUAACAAACUUCAUAACAAUUUGAUAUGUGGCUCAAAAGUUUUGGAAAGAAGAGAAAUUCAAAGACUAUUCAAAACUAUACCUGCUUUGAUCGAUAUAUGUGGCCUCAACAUAGUUUAAAUGUGGUGUCGUACUAUUUGAACGUUCCAAGUUCAUUGAUUCCUUGCGGUUUGUUUGAAGUCUGCAAAUGCACAACGAAUCGGCCAUAGGAUAUGAUCAAAGUCAAAUAACAAAUCGUUUGAAAUGAUUGGUUUUAUCGAAAUGACAACAUCCUCGUCUUUUGGCUUCUGUGCAUCGCCUUAAUUCUGAAUAUAUUCAUAUUGGGUGGUAUUCUGUCAUUAUCAGCAGACUUUCUGGCAUCAAUCUGACACCGGAAAUACCCAUAUUGGGAGGUAUUUUUUAUUGUUUUCCAGAAACUAAAAGUGGUCGUCUUCAAAUUCAAAAUAGUGUCCAGGAUCAAUGUUUGGUUUCAAUGCAUCAUCACGUUUACGGAAAUAUCCAUAUUGAGUAUUAUUCGGUCAUUGCCGACUGUUGCCUAUAAGUUGCCAUUUAGCAAUUCAAAAUGGUGCCUGAGGUCAAUUGUUAGCUCCUUGCAUCAUUCUGGUUCCAGACUCAUAUUGGAUAGUAUUUGUUUAUUUUAGGCUGUUUUUCACAAACCGGUAGUCGCCAUCUUGGAUUUCAAAAUGGUAUUUGUCUGAGGUCGAUUAUGGAACAUAUUUGUUACCACUAAAAACAUUCACCUGCCAAUAUGGUUCCAUUUAGUUGAUUAGUUCGCGAGAUGUGCAAAAAAUUGUGAAGAAACAUGUACUUCCAGAAGAGGGAGGGGCGUCAAACCAUUAUGGACAUAUUUUUUUUUUUUUGUUAUUCUCGCUUAUUUUCCGUCGGUCUGGUUCCGCCACUGUUGUGGCCAAUCACCGACGCCCAGGGAGGCGACUCCACACCCAGGACCCUAACUCACGACCCGUUUAUUAACGGACCGGCGCCAACGGCUUUACUUCCUCAUGCGAUGGAAGGCGUGAUCCCAGAGAUUUUUGGCCUCAGAAAAUCUCCCGGUGUCGGCUAGGAUUGAAUCUAGACCAGUUCGGGUGGUUGUGAGUGGAUCACGCCACCUCACAACCAUCGACACCUAUGUCGGCGGUGGGAUUCGAACCCAGGCGUCGAGCGUGGUCUGCGGAGACGUUACAAACCACACUAGGCCCCCGCUCGUAUGGACAUAUUUGUUACCUCUAAAAACAUUCACAUACCAAAUUUGGUUGAAUUUCUGAUUGGUUCUUGAGCUGUGCGAAAUUUGUGUUUCACUUUCAUGGGAUCCCUCCCUUAUAGAAGAAGGAGUCGGGUUUCAAACCAUUAUGUACAUAUUUGUUACCACUAAAAACAUUUACCUGCCAAAUUUUGUUCCAUUUGGUUGAUUAGUUCUCGAGAUGUGCACAAAUUUGUGUUUCAUCCAACUAUUAUGGACAUAUUUGUUACCCCUUAAAACAUCCACAUGCCAAAUUCGGUUUCAUUUGCUUGGUUUGUUCUUGAGUUGUGCAGAAAUUUAUGUUUCAUCUGUAUGAGACCCCUCCCUUCCAGAAGAGGGAGGGGUCUCAAACUAUCAUAUGAACUUUAUCGGCACCAAAAACCCCUACAUACAAAUUUUCACGUCGAUCGGUUCGGUAGUUUUCGGGCCUAUAUGGAUCAGACAGACAGACAGACUUGACUGCAUUUUUAUAUGUAAAGAUUACAACAUCAAUAUUUUAGAACCAAAAGAGUGAAUAUACAUUUAUUGGAUUGAAGCGUUCAUGUAAAUCUAUUUUUACAAAUAAAAAAUUGAAUGAGAAAGGCUGGGUCUGACUGCUAGGUGGAAUAAUUCAGGUUUUUUCAGUACACGAAGUGGCUCCUGAAUGGCUGCAAAUCAAGUCGAUUUGUUUCAAUUGCAAUAGUUCACAGAUUUCUUUGUGAUUAACGGUAUUUCUUAUAUUCGUUAGACAGCUAGACAAUCAAAGUUUUCGUUUCCAUCAUUGAAACUGUCGAUAUUGAUCAAAAUGCAAGAGUUUGUGGCCUGUUUUCUUCGACUGAAUAAAAUAGGCGCUACUGCUUAAACCGUUCCCUACCCUAUGUGUUUCUGGGGUUUUCUAUACAAAAAUGCAAAAAUUACCUGAUUCAUGAACGAUGAUUUGUGAAUUAAUAAAACAUUUUCUCGCGAAACUUUCAAAAUUAGUGAGAACACUUCUUAGAUAUGUUUGGUUGUUGAUAGGUGCAUCCAUGAUAGAUCCAUCAGUCAUUCGAUGUGAUUAAAAUGAACACAUAACAUAUGGACUGUUGCUGGCAAGUAAAACCAAGGAUAUAUGGAAACCAACAAAUGAUCUACAUGCAAUUCAACGUUGCGCUACAAUACUACAGGUCAUUUCAUCUGGCCGGAAAAUUAACGCAUCAAAAUUCAAACACUAUUGUUUGAUUGUAUUGCGGGCAUUAUUGACCAUUUCAAUAUUCCAUCAGGGUUAUUAUCUGAACAAGCGCAAGAGUCACUGAACAAAGUGAUAAAAAGGUUCAGGCUAGAUCACACGCGAAAAAUUUCACGAACUGUUACUAACGGUGAUCUUAUACGUCGUCUAUUGGUUCCUUGAAAUCCAGUAAUUGCCGGCUUACGGGUCAAACCGCAAAAGAAGCAUCAAGAAUAUUCAAAAGAUGCAAAGCUUAUAUUAAUUUUCACAGAGAGUGAAAACGAGACAGAUGAAAAUUAAAUAAAUAAUUAACAAUAAACAUUGCUGUUAUGUGUUCAUUUUACUCACGUUGAAUGACUGAUGGAUGCACCUAUCAACAACUGAAUAUACCUAAGAAGUGUUCUCACUAAUUUUGAAAGUAUUGCGAGAUAAUGUUUCAUAAAUUCACAAAUCAUCGUUAAUUAAGCAGGUAGUUUUUGCAUUUUUGUAUACAAACCCCCAGAAACAUACAUACCUAAAACAUCACUCUACUCAUUCAUUUAUGAAUUGAAAUAUUUAUGAAAAAUGUGUUUAUGUUCGUCAUAUUUGUCUAGAACAUUAUAUUCUUGAAAAAACAAUAUUUAAAAAGUUUUGCUAAAAAACUAAAUUUGAGGGGGUUGACAGCGAAAAUGCUUUGUAUUUCAGUAAAUAGACGUCAUAAAAAUUUAAUAUCUUCUGCAAAGUUUAAUAUUUUGCAAAAUUCUACAACUUUGCUAAAGAUACUAUUCAUGUAUCUUUGCUGUACCAAAAGUUAGAUUUUUUAUUUUUAUGAUAGUAGGCCUUGAUCAAAAAAUUUUCCUAACAACAUUUCCGUUAUAUUUUUUAGAACAAAUCUUAUGAACAUUGUCUUUGGCUAACAUCAACAGUUUAAGCACAAAAGAAUUAAGUUCGUCAUAUUGCCUUUUCCGAACACUGUGUAAUGGUGUAUCAUUCUCCUUUUUACUGCCGUAGCACAGUGGUACGAGAAUUCAAAAUUGUGAUCUUUUUUUUCUUACUCUCCAAAUACUGGUUGUAUUAACAUACUUUCACUUUCAAAAAAAAUCUUAGUAUAUAAAUAGCCUCAGAGAAUGACAAUAUAUUUUAGUUCCCUGCUCUGCCGCUAGUAGCUUUUCAGUCUUGCACUUUGGAGAAACGGUGUCCUCAGUAGAACUGUAGCUUAUUUUCCGUCGGUCUAGUUCCGCCACUGUUGUGGCCAAUCACCGACGCCCAGGGAGACGACUCCACACCCAGGACCCUAACUCACGACCCGUUUAUUAACGCACCGGCGCCAACGGCUUUACUCCCUCAUGCGAUGGAAGGCGUGAUCCUAGAGAUUUUUCGCCUCAGAAAAUCUCCCGGUGUCGGCUAGGACAGAAUCUAGACCAGUUAGGUUGGUUGUGAGUGGAUCACGCCACCUCACAACCAUCGACACCUAUGUCGGCGGUGGGAUUCGAACCCAGGCGUCGAGCGUGGUUGGCGGAGACGUUACCAACCACACUAGGCCCCUGCUCUCCCAUUGUUUCAUAUUAGACUACUGCUUAAAAUUAUUUUCAUUACAGUCAAAAAAGAGCUGUAGCAUUUAGAGGGCAAAAAUAUUCCGAGUAUAUUCGUAUAUUAUUGAAACACAUAACUUUGCAGAAGACACAGAAAAGACAGCUUCUACACAGACCAAGUUAUUACUAAAGAAUGUAAAAAUCGUCAUUUUGAAUUGCAUGUAAGGUUAUAAAGAUAUAAGAAGAAACUCCGAACUAAAACUCAUUGUCAUUCUGUGAGGCUUUUUAUCUGUGGAGAGUAAAUGAUGUAAAUAGUAAAUUUAUGUGGAGAGUAAAUGAAAAAAGUUCCCGUUUUGAGCUAUCAAACCUGUAACUUAUCAGCCAAACCAUAAGGCUAAGGAGACCAAUCUUAGAUCUAAUCAGAACAAUCUGAUACCAAGUUACCGUUUCUUUGUAUUACAACUAGAGUAUAUCGAUUGUAUUUAGGGUGUAAUCCACCAUACCAAUAAAAAAUAUUCUGCAUAUUCACAGCACGUGCUGUAUACGGUA